AUGGAAGAUUUGAACGAAGUUAUUCCAAAAAAUAAUCUGGUGGAAAAGGAGCCAUGCAAUUGUGGAGAUACGAGAUGCUUAUCGAAAGAAGAAAAUCCAAUAGAUGCGUUGGAAGUUGACAUUAAAUGUUUAUUUGGUAAUAUACUUGACAUUCAGAGAGGUGUAAAAAAUCAGAUAGACAGUAUAAAGAAAGUGAUGAAAGAAGUUACAGAUGAUGAAUUCAACAAAUUGCAAUACUAUUGGGCGAACGCGAAAUUUGACUCUGGAUGCGCUAGUGCUCACUUAUAUCUAGCUCUUAAACGUAUUGGAAAUUGUGAUAAAGCACAAACCAUUUUGAAAUAUAACCAAGAGAAUGAAAUAUUUCAAAAAUAUUUAUUGUGGAAGUAGAAAUAUGCAAAAGUCAUACAAAAGUAUCUUUCGCUGGACGAAAAAACUGUUAACUCAUACAAAGGUCAGGUUAUAGGUGAAUAUUUUAAAUUCAAAGAUUACAAGAGAGAACGUAUUGAAAAUGGCGCUAAGUAUUAA